GUUAAAUAAGCGAAGCGGAGUGGGGAGAGACUUGGGGAGCACAAAGCUUUGGGCCGCCCAGAAGAAAGUCUGUGUAGCCGCAACGGGAAAGCGAGGAGGAGAACGGUACUAGACUAGUUCGGGAAAGCUGGAGUCCAAAGACAGAGCUGGCAGGCAAAGGCGGUGAGAAGCGGCUCCACUUAAGAACUACAACUCCCUGGAAGCAGUUGGCGGGCGGAAGUGAGGUGAGGCGCGAGCCGCGACCUUUGAAGGAAAGAAGGAAGUGCUUGGGAGUCGCAGAGCCGGAGAAGCGGGAGGGAGCAGGAUGUCCGCGGAAGUCCCCGAGGCAGCCUCCGCGGAGGAGCAGAAGGAAAUGGAAGAUAAAGUGACUAGUCCAGAGAAAGCUGAAGAAGCAAAAUUAAAAGCGAGGUAUCCUCAUCUGGGACAAAAGCCUGGAGGUUCAGAUUUCUUAAGAAAACGAUUGCAGAAAGGGCAAAAAUAUUUUGAUUCUGGGGAUUAUAACAUGGCUAAAGCAAAAAUGAAGAACAAGCAACUUCCUACUGCAGCCCCGGAUAAGACAGAGGUCACUGGUGACCACAUUCCCACUCCACAGGACCUUCCUCAGCGGAAACCAUCUCUUGUUGCUAGCAAGCUAGCUGGCUGAUUAAAAGAGCUGAACUGCAUGAAUCUUCUAAUUCCCAUUACUUCUCCUUAAUAUGUUACUUCUCUGCUUUUUAUUUCUUUUCAUUCACUAAGUCAUUUUAGAGUGACGGCUUUGCAGGUAGCGGUAGUGUGUGCUACUAUUGUAAAGGAAUAUACAUGUGUAGAGUUUUGAUUAGUUUAACAGUGCACUGAUGAGAAGAACAUGUUAGAGCAACAUAAAGUAAUCUACUUGAAAAUAAUUGUAUAUAUUACUUAACUCUUAGUGUAAGGCUGGUUCCAACAAGUAACAAGCAAGUUUUACAGUUUUAAUGUUUUGGCUUUAAUUCAUCUGAAGUAUAGCUUUGUAUGUUACUCUAUUUAAUAUAACCUCUGUAGUAUGAUUUCUUCUGUAUUUUCCUUUUGGAUUUUGUAAAACAGACGUUUAAGACCACAAGUUAGAAGAAGGUCACAUAUUUCAAACACAAAUAGAUGGGGCUCCAAAAGAUUUGUAUCCUUUGCUUGAACUUGAAUGGCCUUAAAUCUGUUACAGCUUUAACAAUAGAAUUUUACUUGGGCAAUAUUUGCCCAUUCUGGUGUAACUUACGUGAUUCUCAAGCUUAACAGCUGCUGUUGAAGCUAGCAUUCUUACUCAGUUCUGUAGUGUUAGAAGACCUUUUGUUGUUGAAGAUGUGAAUGAAGUGUGCAUGUGCAUCGACUGUUGAAUUCACUUGUGUGCCAUUUUUGUAAAUACAAUAUUUUGCACAACCUCUCACAAAUGUCUGUAUUAAUUUUACAUAUUAAAAAGUAGAUGAAGGGAGUCCUGUGGUGCAGCAGGUUAAGGAUCCGACAUUGUCACUGCAGUGGCUCGGGUUCAGUUCCUGGUCUUGGAACUUCCAGCUGCCAUGGGCACAGCCAAAAAAAAAAAAGUAGAUGAUGUGCCAACCAGAAGCACAAGAGUUCCUACACAAAACUGUAUGUCAUUAGAGCUUUUGUAUAGUAAGAAUAGUUUGCAAUCUUUGGGUUAUGGACUACCAAACUGAAAUCUUUGCUCAUUCUGCCAUAGACUUUAGCUUUUUGAUUCAUUAUUAAUAUCCAUCACAUUCGGUGGCCUUGUGCAAAUACGAUAUGUUGCUUAAGCAUAUCUUUUGUCCUAUGCAGAACAUUUCUUUUGACCUUUAUGAAAAUUACAAUUCAUGUAAUUUAUAUAAACUUUUUAAAUGUAGAAACUUUAUUUGCGUAGUCAAUUUUGGGGACACUAGAAUAAAAUACUUUGCCUCCUGUGGCCCCUUCCUUCUUUUUUUCAUGCUUCUUUGAUUCACAUUUUGUUGGGCUGUGCUAUUCAGUCUAUUCAGAGCAUAGGGGCGUCUAUAUCUUUACUGUUGAAAUUUGCUGAGUGCUGUAUUUUCUAACACAGUAAUGAUAUAUUCCUUACAAUUUCUCAGCUGUUAAUUAACCACUCUUAAUCCUAUAUUAUUACUAAUAUUUGACAAUUGUUUAAAUAAAAGGAACUUCAUAAUGAAACAAAUACUUGAGAAGACUGGCCCAGGAACCUAUGUCAGGAUGAGCUGAAUUUUAAGUAAUUAUAAUGAGCUGAGUGGAUUAGGCUUGUGACAGAGUAAUUUACAUGAUAGGUGGAACAUAUUCAUUAUUUAGUUAUUUUGCCUCUAUACAUGACAUUUAAUAAAAUAUAAUUUAAUUUUACUUGUGGUUCAUCUAGUUAGUAAGAACUUAGUAAUUAGCAGACAUUACUGGGACAGAUUUACUACUCUUGUAGGAGCCCUUUCCAUAAGUUGUGAUGCUGUAGCCUGAUGAUGAGGAUCCGUAACCUGAGAUGAUAGUACUUUUUUCUUCAUCUUUGAUUUGUGCAGGGCCUCCCCUCUUUUAGAUCUAGACAUCUUUUCUGAAUCUUGGCUCCAUUUGUAUACCUGAUUUUCUAUGCCCCCAAAUAACUAGGGGGUGCCUUGAGCAUUGCACCUGCACUUAAAGGCUGCCUAACACUCUGAGAAAAGCUUGCUGAAUAUCUUCCUGCUCCACCCAUCCCGAAAGGUAGAAAACAAAAUCAGUAAUGUUAAUUUGUUAUUAUAAAAUGGAUUAGUUAUAUAUAAAUACAUUUGUAAUGGGAGUAAGUUCGUUAGUCUAAAGUAUAUUUAAUCAUUAUACAAUUGACUUAGGAAAUACCCAAAGUCAAAUUUCUUUAAUGACAGUUUGCAAGCUAUCACCAUUAAAUUCAGAUGAUUAGGAGUUCCCGUCGUGGCGCAGUGGUUAACGAAUCCGACUAGGAACCAUGAGGUUGCGGGUUCGGUCCCUGCCCUUGCUCAGUGGGUUAACGAUCCGGCGUUGCCGUGAGCUGUGGUGUAGGUUGCAGACGCGGCUCGGAUCCCGCGUUGCUGUGGCUCUGGCGUAGGCAGGUGGCUACAGCUCCGAUUAGACCCCUAGCCUGGGAACCUCCAUAUGCCGCGGGAGCGGCCCAAGAAAUAGCAACAACAACAACAACAACAGCAAAAAGACAAAAGACAAAAAAAAAAAAAAAAAAAAAAAAAAAUAAAUUCAGAUGAUUAAUGUGAAAGAUCAAACCAUGUUAUUCUUGAUUAUGGUAGGACUCCUACAGUGUUUUGCAAGAAGUGAUGUAAUCUCUGCCUGAGUUUUAGUUUGUAAAAUAUGAUGUAAUAUUUAACCUACCUCAAAACUUGUUGAGGAUCUGUGAAAUACUAAGUGCCCAAAAUAAAAUGUUGAUUGUCUUUUUACUAAAGGCAAAUUUCCUCUUUAAACCAACCUGCCUUCUGUAAUGUCACAGUGGUUAAAAUCUCAGGAUCUUUGAUCAGGAAAGACCUGCCAUUUAGCCAUAGGUAUAACAUGUAGGUGUAAUUGCUUAGCUUCCAUUAUUGGUGCUUGGGAUAGGCAUUUUACAUUUUCCUUUUUUUUCUUUUUUCUUUUGGCUUUUUAGGGCUUCACCCAUGGCAUAUGGAGGUUUUCCAGGCUAGAGGUCUAAUCAGAGUUACAGUUGCCAGUCUACACCACAGCCACAGCAACGCCAGAUCCAAGCCACGACUGCGACCUUCACCACAGUUAAUGCCAACGCCGGAUUCUUAACCCACUGAGCAAGGACAAGGAUCAAACCUAUCUCAUGUUUUCUAGUCAGAUUUGUUUCUGUGCCUCGACAGGAACUCCAGGUUUUACAUUUUUCUUAUUUUUGUUCUGCUUCAAAAUCUCAGUUUAUUGAAGUCAUAUUUGCAGGCUGUUUCACCAUUUUUUGAAUGAAGAUUGACUGGAUGAGCUUAAACAUUUCUAUUAUUUGAGAAUUGUGGUUUGAGAAAUGGCCAAUUUUAAUCAUUGUCUUUUUUAUUAUAAAUUAAUGCUGGAGUAAACUGAAGUUGAGGAUAGCUAAAGUGUGAAAUUACCUGUUUCAUGUCCAUUAGCCCUUAUUUGAUAGUAAUUUUGAGAAACAUUUUUUUUCUAGGCUUAUUUACAUGUUUUAUUAUGGUCAGAUACAUAAAGGAGUUUAUUUUAGAAUCUCUUUAGCAGAAACAUUUCAUUUUUAAAGGCUACAUCUGACUAAAACGAUUUAUAGUUAUUGGCAUGUUGGAAUAGUAGGGAUUGCUGGAUUGCUUUGAUGACCUGGAAGGAGCAUGUUUGAAGUUUAUUUACAGGUUUUUCUUGUGCUACUCAUCUAAAAAUAAGUCUUAACUAUUCAUCAAGGUCUUGUUAUUUCACUUGGGGUUUGUUGCGUUUUUUUACUUGAUGUAACAAAACAUACCUCUGAAUAUUUGUUGAUACUUUUUACUAAAUCAAACAUGUAUUCUUUCUCAGUCCAAAUUAGUGAAGGUUUAUCAAUGCUGAAACAUAAUCUCUACUUAAAUUGUGCUCUAAACUUGGUGUUUGGUGAUCCAGGAGCAGGUAGCCUAUAGGAAGAGCAUGGAUGGGUGGCAACUAAAGCAGUUUCUGUGGUGGCCUUUUCACAUUCCCCCUAAUUCAGACACAUUUCUUUCAUUUUUCAUUUUCCUUUUUCACCUCAUCUUUUUCACCUUCACUUAUGCCCUCCCCCAGCAUCCCUGCUUAUUCCUUAAGUUCCCAAUGGUAUUUAGGGCUGAUGAUUUACCAACCCUUUAAUAUUGUUCCUGAGAUACCACAGUUCAGGAUCCAUUUUAAAUUUUCUAAAGCACUGUCCUAAUCUGGAUAGUAACAAAUUUGAGCCACUGUCUCACUCUGCAAUUCAGCAUGCACUGCCAGUCAUCCCCCAUAUCCCUUUUGCCCCGACACCACACUACACCUUGUAAAAUUGGAAUUAAGGCUCAUUCUGGGAUUGUUAAUCUAAGGGUAAAAACACUGAUUUUAAUACUGUUUAACUAAUUUCUGCCUUUAAAAGUAGGUAGUCCUAUGGGUUUUAUUUUGCAAAUCACUGAUGGUCAUGUGAACCAAUAAUUAUAUUUGUAUUAUGUUACUUAUCAGAAGCGUUUGAAAGAAAAAUCUAAGUUCUUUGAUAUGCCCUCAAAUCUGUUAACUGCAUCUCUUAAUGUAGUGCAAUAGGACACUCACCUGUAUUAAAAGGGCCAUGAGUAAAUGCAUUCUUUUGUUGAACAUGUCUAUAGAUUUGGCAGUUAACGCUGAAAUUUGUCAGAUAGCCCUUCCAAAAUUAUACUUGUGAAAUACACACAAAAAUAAAUUGAUCCACUUAAUUUUUAUUGAUA